AUGGUCGAUAAUAGCGAGUUGAUGCGAGAAUGCAAGAAUAAAACCAGAGAAAACGAUAGUCAUCAACAGUCAUCACAAAUUACACCAUCACAUGAUCAAUUAGAUUUUACAAUUAAUCAACAUAGUAGCAAUUCAAACUCAAAUUCUGAUUAUUCAGAUGGUGAAGAAGAUCAAAAUAACAACAAUGUGUCUAUUGGUAAUAUUGCUCCACUAGAGGAAUUGUUAACAAUUGGUACAUCUAUGCUUGACUCAUUCAUCAAUUGGAUAGAAGGUCCACCAAUAACUGAUAGAAAAGUUAGCAGUAAUGUGGCUUCUUUACCACCAAAAAAUACCAAUAAUAAUCCCAACUCAUCAAAUAAUAAAAAUCAAACAAUACUUGAUAUCCCAAUGCAAUUCAUUGAUUUGUUAACUUAUCCCGAUAUUGAUCCAAAAGCAUCAAAACCUUCUUUUGCAGCUAAUACACUUGUCAAAUAUGGUUAUAAUUUGAGUGUUGAUAGUGAAUGUGCUUGUCAUCAAAAAGAAUAUGGUAUGUUAUUGGUUGUAUUGGCAAUUGAGGAAGUUAAGAAAAAGAUAUUAGUGGAAUUAGCAUGGAAACACAAAUUGCAAUAG